UGGAGGCGCUCGGGCCGGCUCCGCUCCGGACCAUGCGGGGCGCCCAGGAUGCUGCAGCUCCUGCUUGUGCUUCUGGCGACGCUCCUCGGCCUGCGCCUGGGCUUGGGCGCGCACGGGGCUGAACUGCCCAGCCCUCCUUCCGUGUGGUUUGAAGCACAAUUUUUCCACCACAUCCUCCACUGGACACCCAUUCCAAAUCAGUCCCAAAGUACCUACUAUGAAGUGAUGCUCCAGAGGUAUGGAAUCGAGCACUGGAACAUCCUCCCCAACUGUAGUGCCCUGGUGCUAUCCUGUGAUCUCACCAUGGUCACCCUGGACUUGUACCACAGCAAUGGUUACCGGGCCAAAGUUCGAGCAGUGGAUGGCAGCCAGCACUCCAAUUGGACCAUUAGCAACACCCGCUUCACCGUGGAUGAAGUGACUCUGACGGUUGGUAGUGUGAAGCUGGAGACACACAAUGGUUUCAUCUUCGGGACAAUCCAGCCCCCUCGGCCCCGGAUGGCCCCCGCAGGUGACACGUAUGAAAGCAUCUUUGAAUUAUACCGCGAGUAUGAGAUUGCCAUCCGCAAGGUGCCAGGAAACUACACGUCCAUAAGUAAGAAGGUAAAUCAAGAAAAUUUCAGCCUCCCAGCCUCAGGGGAGAUGGGAAAGUUUUGUGUCAAGGUGAAGCCAUCUGUCCUCUCCCGACUUAACAAAGGGGUCUGGUCACAGGAGGAGUGCAUCGUCCUCACCAAGCAGUAUUUCACCGUGACCAACCUGAGCCUCUUCUUCACCUUCGUCCUGCUGCUCUGUGGAGCCCUGGUCUGCUGCCUGGCCCUCCAGCUCUAUGUACGGCGCCGGGGGAAGGUGCCUACUGUCCUGGUCUUCAAGCAGCCCAGCCCCUUUGUCCUCGUCAGCCAGCUUCCUGGUCCUGAGUUGCAGGACACCAUCCACCCACUGGAUGAGGAGCCCUUCCUGAAGGUGUCAUCAGAGUUGAGGAACUCGGACCUGCAUGGUAGCACAGACAGUGGCUUUGACAGUGCCAAGCCAUCCCUGCAGGGUGAAGAGCCCCAGUUCCUCCUCCCUGGCUCCCAUUCACAGGCCCGUGGGAUUCUGGGUAAGGAGGAGCCCCCAGGGCUGCAGGACGGAUGCAAUGACAGCAGUGGUGGCAGCACGGACAGUGGGAUCUGUCUGCAGGAGCCCCGCCUGCACCCAGGCCCCAGGCCCAGCUGGAAGCUGCAGGCGGGGAGUGCCAGCCACAGGCAGGAUGACAGUGGCAUUGGCCUCGCUCAGAACUCUGAGCGGCAGCCCAGGGAUGCACAGCCUGGUUCUACCUUGGACCACAUCAGUCUCCUGGGGCCUGAGGUGCCAGAGGAAGAAGACUCAGCCACAGUGCCAUUUCAGGGCUACCUGAAACAGACCAGAGGCACAGGAGAGCCUGCAACCAUGGCAGGCUGCCUGGAGGAAGAGACUCCCUUGGCAGAUGGCCUUGGCCCCAAAUUCAGGACAUGCCUGGAGUCUGAGGCAAGUUGGCUUCCACCAGCUGUAGCCAAGGGUUAUUUGAAACAGGAUUCCCCAGGAAUGACUGUGGCUCCUUCAGGGGUCCCAACAGAACAGUGGAACCAGCUGACUAAGGAAUGGCCACUCUUGGCCUUGACCAACUGUGAGGACCUGAGAAUAUGUGACUUGAGUUUCACCCAUGAUCUUGCCCCUCUGGGCUGUAUGGCAACCCCGGAUGGCCUCCUGAGCAGCUUCGACUCAGACCUGGUGGCCCUGCCACUGAUCUCCAGCUUACACUUGAAGGAGUGACUCAAACUAAGGGUGGCUUGGAUGCUAGCUGAGCCCGCUCCCUUGCCUGGACCAGGAGGGGCCCAGGAGGCAUAAGGGAAACACAAGGCCUGGCUGCACGCUUUUCUGCAAGCCACUGAGGCCAGCCUGAGGUGGGCCCGUCAUGGCAGGAAGAGGCCAUCUCACUGGAUGUGUACUGAGUGAGAGGGUGACUAUGGCCUGUGCUGCAGUCCCUCCUCAGGCCCUUUCUUGUACUGUGAUGGAUUCAACAGUCUACUCUGGCCCACAGGGCAUUCUGGAGUCAGUGAGGCCAAAGUCAGCUCAGCAUCAGGUCCCUGGAUGGAUGGAUGGAGUGCAAAGGUGGCGCUCAGGACCUCACCGCAAGGUCAUUUCUAGCGGGACAGGAGGACACAGAGACCAAGUUUGAGCUCCGGGAUGGUGACAUGGAGACAAUGUCACUGGCAGCUCUCGGGCCACAUGCUGGUCACUGGAUGACCUUAAAGCUAAAUCUGCCCUGGAUAGCCAUUCAGCCAGUCAACACUCCACUAUGGAGCCACAGGGGGACAAAGGGGCUGAGCUUGCCAGGCAGAGCUUCUGGCUCAGAACCUGUUCCUUUUGGUGUGUUUCUGGUGUCCAUCUGCAGACAUCCCCCUCUUUCCAACAAGUAGAGUAACGACCCCCUGGGACAUCUGCAGAGGCCAAGCCACUCUCUGUUCACCUCUGCCCCCCCCCCACCAUCUUGCUGAGAGCACCAGAGAAUUUCAGCUGUAUCCAUUGAAGUUCAGCCUUUCAGGCAGCCUCUGGGCUUGGGCACCAGCUUGGGUGGGCACCGGGGAGACAGGGCCGGGACGUGUAUCAGUGUUAGUUACUAGUGUCCAGCUACAGACCUAGAGGACAGGACCCUGGGCUGGCGUCCUGCUCUCCCAGUGUGCAGCUGUGUGAUUGUGGGCCAGCUACUUCUCAGAGGGCUUCAUUUCCCCUUCUGUGAAAUAAGCACUUAACUUUUAGGGGUGUCCCAUGCUGGAGGUUAGCCAAGCUGGCCUACAGGUGAUACUUCAGACCCUGCCAGACUCUGACCAGGGAGGAAGUGGGCUUCAGAACCCAUCCACCCAGAGCCAGCUUUCUCCUUGUACCAAGGGCUGAUAGAUGUAGCAGGAGUCUGUGGCACCAUGCCAGAAGAGUGACCGGUCACUGGGACCCAGGGGCACAGAUGAGGGCCAUGCUUCCAUAAGGUUCAUUUGGGAUCUGUCUUCAAAAUGACAAUUUUCAGUCCCCAGACAAGGAUGUUAGGAGAGGUGAUGCCCUCCUGAGCCAUCCCUUGACCCUGAUUUUCUCUAGCAUUCUGAACACAGACCUUCCAGCCCAGGGAACCUGGCCAAGAUCCCUGCCACUCUGCCGGGAAGCUCAUAGGUGCCUGUUGAUAACUGAACUCUGUCUGGAAGCAGGCUUGGGGGAGGGUUUAUUUAUUUAUUUUGUUCAGUUAUUUAUUGAAGAGGCAGCAUAGUACAGGCAAAGCCUCCUGGGUCUCUCUGGAGUCUUGGGAGUCCUGGUUCUACUGCACUGUUUCUAGCUGUGUGACCUUAGGUAAGUCACUUUUCCUCUUUGAAUCUAAAUUUCUUAGUCUAUAAAGCUAGAAGAGACUGUACAACUUGCCUAAUUCCUAGUGACAUGAGGCUCCCCAGAGAAAAUGGACCCAGGGAGGCUUUGAAGGCAUCUCUGUGAAUGAGUGAUUUAUGUUCUUCAUUCCAAUAAAUUGUCUGAAAUCGUGUGAAAACAAUUGGACUUCUUGUGACACUGUGGCUGGUGCUAAUUGGGAAUGACAACGAAUAGUGUGUGGUGUUGCUUUAAGGAAACAGGACCGAGGACUCAAUCUCAAAUCAGAAAGACCCAGUGUCAGGAUCUGUGCUAGCAUGGACCAUCUGUGACCUUGGGAAAAUUACUCACCCUCCUUCUCUAAG